CCUCUUAGUCUCUUUGUUUGGUUGGCCUUUGACUGCCCUCCUGAAUCAGACUCUCCGAUUUAUCAAAUCACUGGCAUUCGAUCUCCAUCUACUGGCGUACUGUUCUUCUUGAUCAUCCACUGACCGUGCAGACCUAUGAAUCACCAGCAACCUCCAUACGGCGGCGGCGGCGGAUAUCCCGGCCAGGCCUACCGCCAGCAACAUCCACCUCCUAACCCUUAUCCUUCCUACGGUCAGCCGCCGCCUCCUCAGCAGUACGGAUCGCAUUACCCUCCCAGCGGAUACAAUGCCCCUCCUCCGCAUUCAGGAUACGGCGGUCCUCCGCCCGGUGGUCCUCCUCAGUACCAACGCCCUCCCCCAGCGAACCCCUAUGGCGGCCACGGCCAUCAGGGUGGCCCGGCGCCUCCCCCGUCCGCCCCCGUCGCUUUCGGACAUGGCGCGCCUCAAGGCUACAACUUCCAGUAUUCCGCUUGCACCGGCAAGAGGAAGGCGCUUUUGAUCGGAAUCAACUAUUUCAACCAAAAGGGCCAGCUGCGCGGGUGCAUCAAUGACGUGAAGAACAUGUCGACCUAUCUGAACCAAAACUUCGGCUAUGCCCGUGAAGACAUGGUGCUUUUGACCGACGACCAGCAGAACGCCAUGAGCCAGCCGACCAAGGCCAAUAUUCUUCGCGCCAUGCACUGGUUGGUCAAGGACAACCAGCCGAACGACUCUCUCUUCUUCCACUAUUCCGGUCACGGAGGUCAGACUCCUGAUUUGGAUGGCGACGAGGACGACGGAUACGACGAGGUCAUCUACCCCGUGGACUUCCGCCAAGCAGGCCACAUCGUCGACGACGAGAUGCACCGCAUCAUGGUCAAGGCACUGCAGCCGGGAGUGCGGCUGACGGCGAUCUUCGACUCGUGCCACUCGGGCUCCGCCUUGGAUUUGCCGUACGUCUACUCGACCCAGGGUGUGCUCAAGGAGCCCAACCUGGCCAAGGAAGCGGGCCAGGGCUUGCUGGGUGUGGUGUCGGCGUACGCGCGUGGCGACAUGGGCAGCAUGAUGUCGACGGCAAUGGGCUUCAUCAAGAAGGCGACCAAGGGCGACGAGGUCUACGAGCGCAACAAGGCGACCAAGACCAGUCCGGCCGACGUGAUCAUGUGGUCCGGCAGUCGGGACGACCAGACCAGCCAGGACGCGCGCAUUGCCGGCCAGGCGACGGGGGCGAUGUCGUGGGCGUUCAUCAGCGCGCUGCGCAAGAACCCGCAGCAGAGCUAUGUGCAAUUGCUGAACAGCAUCCGCGACGAGUUGUCCACCAAGUACAGCCAAAAGCCUCAGCUGAGCUCCAGUCACCCCGUGGAUGUCAACCUGCUUUAUGUGAUGUAAAUACACCCCCUCAUGAAUGGUUUCUAGCGGAUGGUGCUUUUUGGGCUUUCACAAAUGGGCCUGUCUUCUCUAUCCUAGUAUGGGUUUUUAUUCGCAGUCUAUAUCCUUCUUUUGUUCAUCUUUUUUCCCCUGUCCGCUGUGUCUUUUUUGCAUAAAUUACCCUGAAUUGAAAAUGGGGUUGCCUGAUCCUUAUUUGUACACUGGAUACCCGGGAUCGUCUGGGUUAAGUUACAGGUAGCAGAAUGGUCAUGAGUCAGAUCAAUCUUCA